ACAACAAAAGACACUUCUCUUCUGUCACAACUCUCAGCUGUGAUUAAGGUAUGGCUUCAAGGCCUGGAAUCCUCACUGAGUGGCCAUGGAAGCCUCUUGGAAGCUUUAAGUAUGUGCUACUAGCUCCUUGGAUCAUUCAUAGUUCAUAUUCUGUGUUGGUUAAAGAUAAGAGUGAAAGGGACAUAUCCACCUUUCUUAUAUUCCCAUUUUUGCUGUGGCGUAUGCUUCAUAAUCAGAUAUGGAUCACUCUUUCUCGUCACCGAACAGCCAAAGGCAACACUAGAAUUGUCGACAAGGGAAUUGAAUUUGAUCAAGUUGAUAGAGAAAGAAAUUGGGAUGACCAAAUAUUGUUCAAUGGAUUACUAUAUUACUUGGCAGCCUAUACAUUAGAUGGGGCAUCACGUCUUCCAUUGUGGAGAACAAACGGAGUGGUAAUGACAAUCCUGCUUCAUGCUGGACCAGUGGAGUUUCUUUAUUACUGGUUACAUAGAGCACUUCAUCAUCACUUUCUCUACUCUCGUUAUCAUUCUCAUCACCACUCCUCCAUUGUCACAGAACCCAUAAGUUCUGUCAUCCAUCCAUUUGCAGAACACAUAUCAUAUUUCCUUCUCUUUGCAAUACCCAAGUUAACCCUAGUCUUCACAAAAACAGCCUCUUUGGUGGCCAUGAUGGCAUACGUCACUUACAUUGAUUUUAUGAACAACAUGGGCCACUCCAACUUUGAGAUCGUUCCAAAGUGGCUCUUUCACAGCUUUCCCCCUCUCAAAUAUCUCAUGUACACACCAUCGUUUCACUCUUUGCACCAUACCCAGUUCAGGACAAACUACUCCCUAUUUAUGCCAUUUUAUGACUACAUUUAUGGCACCAUGGAUAAGGCUUCAGAUCAAUUACACGAGUCAGCACUGAAACGAGGGGAAGAGACCCCAGAUGUGGUACACCUAACGCAUCUCACUACCCCUGAAUCCAUCUAUUAUCUCAGGAUUGGAUUUGCAUACUUAGCCUCUAAACCUUAUACGUCAAAGUGGUACCUUUGGUUGAUGUGGCCCGUGACAGCUUGGUCCAUGAUCCUCACAUGGCUCUAUGGUCGUACAUUCAUUUCGGAGGGGAACCGUUUUGACAAACUCAAGCUACAAACAUGGGCAAUACCUAAGUUCAACCUCCAAUACCUUUUGCAAUCACAAAAGGUGGCCAUCAACAGAAUGAUAGAGGAAGCAAUACUAGAUGCAGACAGAAAAGGCAUAAAGGUUGUGAGCCUAGGCCUUAUGAAUCAAGGAGAGGACCUUAACAUAUAUGGAGGCCUAUAUGUUAAUAGGCACCCAAAGCUGAAAGUUAAGGUUGUAGAUGGUAGCAGCCUUGCAGUUGCUGUUGUUAUUAAUAGCAUUCCCAAAGGAACAACUCAAGUAUUACUUAGGGGCAAACUCACCAAGGUUGCUUAUGCUAUUGCCUUCACAUUGCAUCAACAGGGCAUUCAGGUUGCUACUAUGCGCGAGGAUGAUUAUAUGAGGCUUAAAAAAUCGUUCACUACCUCUGAAACCGAUUUGAUCAUUACCAAAAAUUGCACUCAAACGAUUUGGUUAGUGGGAGAUGGAUUGACUGAAGAUGAACAACUAAAGGCACCUAAAGGAACAUUAUUUAUUCCAUACUCACAAUUCCCUCCAAGGAAAUAUCGCACGGAUUGCUACUACCAUUACACCCCAGCAAUGUUAGCUCCCCAUUCUAUUGAAAAUGUCCACUCUUGUGAGGAUUGGUUGCCAAGGAGGGUAAUGAGUGCAUGGCGCAUAGCUGGGAUAGUGCAUUCUUUAGAAGGAUGGAAUGAACAUGAGUGUGGAUACACAAUGCAUAAAAUAGACAAAGUUUGGCGUUCAACUCUUCAGCAUGGGUUCCAACCUCUUUCUGUCGCAGCAAAAGAGUUAGAGGAACACCAAAUUUGUGGUGCUGCUUUUGUUGCCGUCGUUGAUAAUGACGACAUUGACGUCCAGGGCGAAUUAGCAUUAGACACAACAACAUCUGAGGUGUUUCAACCACAUCUGAGGAUGGAAGAAAGUGGAAGAGUAGUACUAGUGGCAGUGGAAGUAGCAAAGGUUGUUGUCUUUGGGAAGACAAGUGUUGAUGUAGCAAUCACUUUGGAAGAAGAAAACAACAGCAACAGCAACAGCAACAGGGAAAACGACACUGCCAAUUUGAUGUCCCUCUACAACAGUGGCAAGAGGAUUGGUGUAGGGGGAUCUCGCUCGUCUCGCUUGAGCGAUACCUGUCUUGCUCAAGCAAGAUUGCUUGGCCCAACUAUCUUCUCGCACAAAGGUACAGUUAAGACCCCAGCGACCCUUACUUAUCUUUUCACCUAUCACGACCACGACUAUCUCGGAAGACUGUCCAGAUGGACCUUUAAGCACAUCACUGAAACUGAUGUUAGAGCCGAUUCAGAUGAUGGUUAUCUAGGUUCAGAUGAUGACAUAGAUUUAAAGGAACUGGCUGAGAUAGAGAGUUGGCACAGGGUUAAUGAAUAG